AUGCGUCCCUCCAUUCAUCAACUGGCUGCUCUCGUGGUUCUGCUUUCUUUCGUUGCGGCCACCGCCAACGAAACGGCCGCAGUUCGUACCGGUAAGCACGUCAGAGAGCUCAAGAAAGGUUCCAAGGGCGAGGGUGAGGAUCCACUUCCUGGUGACAGUAGUGACGACCAUGACGAAGAAGCCAUGUCGGAUGGAGGCAAAAGGAAGGGCAAGAAACAAGACCCUGGCAUUCCUAAAGGAGCGAAGAUCAAGGGCAAGAAGAAAGACGAUCAAGAUUCUGCUGACGAGGACGCCCCUGAAGGAUCUGGAGGAAAGAUCAAGGGCCAGAAGAAGAAAGACGAGGGCGACGAGGACGACACGGAUGCCAAUGCCGGCAAAGGUGGCGGAAAGGCUGACAAGCAAGGCAAAACAGAAGAUGACAACUCAACUGACACGGAUACAGACGGCAACGGAUCCGGAAAAGGGAAGGAUAAAGUGAACGAUGGUAAAGAUGAAAAGGAGUCUAACAAGAAGAAUAGCGAGACCAAAGUCAGAGGAAAGAGAAAGGGAGACUGA